AGAAGAGCAUAGAGGAACUUUUUUCAUGAUCGUCAUUUGCCUUAUUCUUCUGUAGAAUUUCGACGAAGGGCUGGAGGCAAGAUCGUCAAUAUCUAACGAGAAGAACUCCAAAUCGCGCAGUAUGCCAAGAAAGCAGAAUAAUAUAAAUUUCCAGGACGGCUCUCUUGUCCUUGAGCUGAAGUCGAUACUAUCAACCUCAUCAACUUUGUCUCGUUCCAUCGGUUUCCGCAUAUCAUAACCUCACUAUGAAGUCUCACCAAGCUCUAAACUCCCUAGCCGGGUGGCUAGUGUUUGGUAUCGGCUAUGCCUAUCCUUCGGAUUCUUCUCUAUCUCGCCGUGACAGCUGGGAUGAUCACAUGAAGAAGAACGGCUAUCCAUCGAACGCGGAUGUCUGUAAGAUGGUUGCCAAUGCUGAUAAGGAUGCAUGGACGAAGUCUAAGGCUUCUGACUACUUUGGUAACUGGUUCUACGACCGCAAAAACAAGAUGGAUGACUGGUUGCAGCAGAUGCAUAAGAAUGCCACGGCUCAUACUGGCAAGACUCCAGGCGAUAUAGACUGCACUAUCCUACACUCCCAGAACUGCCAGCCCCUUCAUGAUGCCGACUGUGAGACAUACAACCCAGCAGCCUUCGCUAUCGUACAGACCGAGGCUGUCAAUAUAUACAGUAUUCUCGACAACCUUGAUAUUGCAUCCAUCAAGAAUGUCCUCCUAGAAGACCUUAAGAUUACCAAUUUGAUCAACGAUUUUGUCGCCAAGUCACAACUUGACAGAGACAAGAGAGCACUGACGAACGCCGCUUUAGCACAGUUCAUCAUAUCCGGAAUCUUCGGAGCGGCAGGCCUAGCCGCACCCGCUGGUCUUGGAAUUGGAAACCAAGCUCUUGUCGGAGAACUUAAGGCGUCAGCAGCAGGUUCGGGUAUAGGGGCUUCCGCUUUCACCGGCGUUGGUGGAGCGCUAUCCUUGGCGUCAAACAAUUUGAAAGAUGGCGUAAUUGACGUUACUAAACUGAAAGAAUCAGUCGAGAGCGCCCUCGGGGAUUGGUUCCAGAUGAUUAGCGAUACGACCGAAUCCCUCGCUGCUAAGAUUUUCGGAGGUAGUGCUAAGGUCAACGUGAAGCUCGCUGAAUUCGCAGAAGCCGUGGACCCUGGCCUCCAUGCAAAUGGAGUUGAUGACCAAACAGCACUUCUUUACCUAUUACAAACUGGAUACUUCAUGGAUCAGCAGCACGCUGACCGGGCCAUUAAGCCCCUAUUUAACGAAGGCUUCAAGGUUAUGAGAGCUGCGUUGAUCGGCUACAUCUUACAGCAGCGACAAUUCUAUGUCCUAAGCUUUGAUAAACUGAGCAAAGAUAAGUGCAGCAGCGACUUCGAAGGCGCUUCCAGAUACGUAGACGGAAAAUGCUUUAUCCUGAAACGAGGCGGCAAAAACCAAUGCGUCAACCACGACGACAACGCGCCGACCGAAGUUCGUCUAAUGGGUUCAAACUACAAUAUCAACCUCGAAAACUUCUUCCGCAACGUAGCCGACUGCAACAACGACCGAAACCAGAUGGUGGACAAGAAAAAAUGGACCUGGUCUAACAGAGACAACUAUCAGAAAUGCUUUUUUGGCCUUGUGUAUCUCCACACGGACACCCCAAGCGACAGGGACCUAUCCCACUUUGAUAACAGUUGGGUCCGUAACGAACUUGGAUUGAGGACUCCUAGCCACUGGGAGCCUGACAGAGUUUGGUGCUAAUCGUGAACGGGUGUAACCGGGGAAACGGUGAACCAACAAGGGGUUGAUGACGUGUGGUUUAUGAAAGGCCAUUCUCGGAUUUCAUUCCUAUGUAUUAGUAUAUAAAGGACUUACCUUCUUGGGUAGCAAUAUU